AUGUUCUUCGAACACCUUACACUCAUUUUAUCAUGCUUGUUGCUGCAGGUGCAUGCAUUCCGCUUCUCACCCCCUAGCGAUGACACUGCCUUCGGUAUCAAUUUUGGCAAGCACGUCGGCCGUGAGGAAGAUCGACUCAACCGCUACCUAUGGGCUGGGGUUCGUGACUCUCCGUAUGUAGUGCAUGACCAAAAGGCCAAAGUCAUCACGUACAGACUCCCUCUUCGCAAGCGUGCGCAAGACCCCCUGAUCGGAUUUCCAAAUUGCUUAAAAUGCGCUGGCGGAGCCCGGUUCAACGGCAAUCUCGAUGUCGACCGGGAUCUUACCGCCAGCAUUUUGAAGAGAGCGAUCAAGCCUGGUGGGCAAGAUGGCCAAUGUCUUUUCUACGGUCAACGUGAAGAUAUGUGGCCCAAGGACGAGUCCAGGGCGUGCGAUAAGCAGACGGAAACUUCUGGCUACGAUUACUACUGCCUGAAUGCUUGGGAACCGAAAUGCUGUUGGCUCAAUGGUCUCUGGGGAGAAGGAGGAAAGGAAAUCAUGGAGAACAACAUACCGUCCCGUGAUGCACGCGAACUGAAGACUCGACCAUACUUCCAACAAAUGUCGCAAGCAAUGGCGGAAACCUGUACCGGAGAUGUGUACGUCGUACACGAGCACUAUGAUGAGCUGGCAACGUAUCAACCGAAGGGUCAGAACCCUUCCAUUUGGAUUAGCCAUGAAUUACCCGCUCUGAGGCGAAGCCAGUUGCGGGGAAUAUUAGGCAAAGUAUGGGUUAUACCAGUCGUUCCCGCCCUACUCAGCGGAGUAGAGGGACUCGCUGCCAAUACCGACCGCUCCACUUGGCAAGAUCAGACUAAAGUAUUGAAUUCAGGCGCAGCGAGGAGGUACGUCGAAGAUCAUGAAGGAAUGGCCUUGGAGUGGAAGAUGAUCAGAGAAGCCCUCCGGCUCCAGGAGCGUCAGCGGGCAUCUUCACCCCCUAACAAUAGCACCCAGGCCUUGGAGGCUAGAUGGCAGACUUGCCGCAACAGUGCAGCCGCACGCGAGGCGAAAGGGGCGGACUACUUUGGUUGA